AUGUCUAAUAUUAAAAUUGUAUAUUAAAGAAAAGUCCACAAAUUACCAUAAAAGAUAACAUCUUAUUAGGAAAUCGUAGAAACAAUAAAGUCUAUAUAUCCUUAAAUUAAAGAAGUUCAUUUAUUUACUAUAAUAAAUCCUAGUAAUGAUUUAAAAUAAUUCUUAGCUGUUCCAGAUGGAAUUGAAGAAAUCAAUAGUGAUUUAAGUCUAAUAUUUUUGAAGAAGAUGUAUAAAUAAAUGGGAUGGCCAACUAUCAAAUUACUUGUUUUAGAGAAUGAGAAUGAUGAAAAGUAAAUUUAAAACUCUUUGGAUUUACUUAAUCAAAGUACAGUUAUUUUGGAUUAAUCAAAUUAUCAAGAUAAACCUAAAAUAGAUAAGUAAAUUGAAAAUAUAAAUAUUAGAGCACCAUAAAAAUAAGUUAAUGAUUAUAGAAAUGAUGAAAAAAUAAAAUAAACACUCAUUUAAAUCAUUGAUGAACGAUUAAGGUAUCAUAAUCUUUUGAAUUCAAAUUAAUAAGAAAAUGAAUUGAUAACAAAGACUAAACAAUUAUCUUAAGUGUUGACUUAAUAUUCUUAUGAUUGGUUACUUGAAUUCGUAAAGCAAUAAGGGGCUUAUUUAUCAUAUGAGCAUUUACUAUCAUUGCUGACUAAGAAUUAAUGA